GACAAUAAUACCGCUCAGAGGGUUACAUAUGCUAAUCGCUGGCUCAUGCAAGCUUACACAGAAUCUUCUAAUUCAGAAGUCAGUCUUUGGUCACUUGUGUUUGGGUAUUAAGGGAGAGAGGCAGUGGUGUUUAACUCUUAGGAUUGCGGAUACAUGCAUCUAUAUUUGUAAACAAUGGGUCGAAGCAGCAAAGAAUCGCGAUCGGGAAGUCUAAGUUCCGAUAAAACUGAGACGGAGAGCUCAAGUUCCGGUUCCGGGAGGAUGGAGCGGAUACGACCGGAGAGGACGCCGAGACAAAAAGUGCAGUCUGUGUGGCGCAACGUCCGCUGGGCCGAAUCCUUCCCCGAUGAAUCUCUAUCCAUGGAAUCUACAGAACUGACUCCAAACUUCGCCCUCCGGAGAAUAGUGUUGCUUUUCGAGACCAAAAAAUACGAUGAAUGCGCAACCCUCAUCAGGCGAUUAAAUUGUGUUACUUUUGGAAAUAUUCUGCAAGAAGUUCCCAUGGAAGUGCUAUUAGACUCCAUGCCGUUUAGUCUUUCUAUUUUAGAGGCGCUAUAUGUGAAACUUUCUGAAACAACAUUGGAAACAUUUCCAAAGGAUCAGUUGCAUAUGGACCUCUUGGUUAAAAGGAUGGUUGCUUGUUUCGCUAGAAUGUCCCAAUCUGGCAACAGAGCAGAGAAAAAUUGCAACAGUUACUACCCGUCCUGUAGAAACAUUUUACGUGUCGUUUCAUUUGUAGAUCCAAAUAUAAAGCAACAGUUAAAGCAGAAAAAGAAAGCGUUGGACAGGUGUUUAAAACAUAUGGGUCAGCACGGCCUCGUCGAAUCAUCUUGCGGAAGUCUUAUGAAUCUACACGAUUCGUUGAAACAGGAACUCGAUAAAAUUGUUUUUCAGUACAGGAAUGCUUUACAAAAACUGGAUGAGAUGAGUUUAUCGGCAAAGCACCCGACAAGCAGUUCCGUCACUUCCGGUAAGGCUCCUACCGAGGUCAGCCACCAGCGGCUGAUGCAAAUGACGCGAUCGGACGUGCAAGUCAGGAUUAUCAAGAACAGGACCUUGUUCAACAUUGUAGAGCCCGCGGUCACCAAUCAGUGCUUGAAAAAACUGUUCCAUAUAUUGGAAAAACGGAUAGAAUAUGACAAAGUGGCACUGUUUCACGAUACCGAACUCCGCAAGUACUGUGAUAAUAUUUCUGACGACGCUUACAUGUCGGUGGUGAUGAAGCAGUUUUCACAAGGAUAUAGCAUCGUUCUACAGCUGCUGAGGGAAGUGUCUGAACUCGAUGAGGCGACCUCAGAGGACGAUGGGGGCAUGGUCUCCAGUGACGACGAUAUCAUGACCCCCAUAACCCGUAUGGAUAGGUCAAGGACGUUCAAUGGGUUCACGCACGUCCUUCCACACAAAGCAAACGGAGGCAGUACAGGUUAUAAGCGCAUGCGUGGACGACUUCGUCCCUCCAUCAUUUCCGGUCCCUUUCCAUGCAAACCGGAAACAGCGCCAUCUAAUGGACUCGUCAAUGGACACGCUACAGUGGUUCCGUCCUCUCUGUCUUCCCUGACGUCAGUGUUUCUGACCAAUGGCAGUCGACACAGCAAUGGUUACUCGGACACGGUGGAAAAGUUAGAGCAGGAGGUCAACAAUCUAAAAGUGGAGCUACAGAAAAGUCAAGAGGCAGUCAAAAAGCUGCAGGACAGAGAAAAACAGCUCCAAGAACGGCUGUCCACAGAGGCACACAGUCUUUUUAAUGGAGGUUUGAAUGGUCACUUUGAGGAUCUCUCACUGGCCAGUCGACCGUCGGAACUCGUCCGUCAAUAUGGCGACUUGUACAGCAGGAUCCGAAUGGACGCGUUAGAUGCCCUGGAUAGAAUUGGGCAACUUGAUGAUCUCUCGGUUCUCAAAGAGAAGAUACUAUUCUCUGUGGUAGUGCUAUCCUUUCGGGGAGCCCAACAAGCGGUUCAUGAACUCAGGGGCAAGGUGCGACAUUUGCUCAACCUUCCGCAUCCCGACGCCCAUAGAAACCAGUUUGAUCCGCUCUGUAAUCACAUGGAGAUCCAAGUUGCGCAAUACCUAUGCAAGACAGCAGGAAACUUUGACGUUUCGCUGACAAUUGAGGAAGUUUGUUCACAAAUCUACGCAACCUUGUACGACUACCCAGUGCUGAAGGAUUGCCAAGGACUGAGGUCGUACGUCGCAGCAUGUGUUCAGGUCGCCUGGGGUCUGUCGGUCCAGAAUCCACCGUUCCUCAUCAUGUACGAUGCACGGCAGUUUCAUCCUGAUUUGCACGUCCGGUUUCACACGUCCGACCCAGAGUCGGUUGCUAUUAAAAACUUUUUGUGGCCUGCUCUUACGGAAGGAUACAACGGACCUUGCGUCUACAAAGGCGUUGUAAUCACGUGACACCGUUCGUUCUUCUCACAACUUCCGAUUCACCGAUUCUUCCGACAACAACGAUAGUGCAACAAUGAUCAAAGUGCAAAUAAGGAUAAACAUAUGUGGACACGGUGACACAUUCAGUCGUGAUUUUGUUUUACAUGUACGGUAUGGCCUUGCCGUGUUUGAACUGCUCUCAUGUACUGAAUAGAAAUCAUUGAGGGAGUAUUGCAAUAUACAAUCGGCUCAAGAUGGAAAAAGAAAUGUAACAUUUAUAUUUUUUUUCCAUAUUUCAUGAUGAAUGCAUUUUUUUGAUAUAUUCCCAUGAAAACAGUACGCAGGACAGCAAUGGUUUUCAUAUAAAGUCAUCUGCUUGUCAUGUACAAUAUACCAUGCAUUUAUUAAAUAUGUGCUUCAGAAAAUGUCCCAGUAUUAUAAAAAAAUGUAUUUUUUGAAUAAAAAA